AGAUGGUGAAAGCAAUUAAUGGUUAAGUAGUACUAGUACUAUAUAUUAAAUAAACUUAAAUGCUAUCUACAAUGGUCUGAACAGAGCAUUUUGUUGAGGAAGGUUGGUUUUCGCUGAGCUGUGUGCGUUCUUCCCUCAAUAUUUUAAAAACUUCCCUUCACAUGGUCCCCUUUGUAUAAUAAAUCCCACUUAUUCAUUUACACUACUGUUCUCUUCUCUGUUCCUCAUCAAGUUGCGUUCCUCUCUCUAGAGAUGUGGGAACAUUUUGAGACAAGAUGAAAUUCCAAAUCUUUGAUCUCCAUUUAUGGUGGAGGAGGAUUCUUUUUCUUCUUUUUCUAUUUAGAUUUCAAGCUAAUGGGCUUAACACUGAUGGAGUUUUGUUACUGACUUUCAAGUACAAUAUCCUGAGUGACCCUUUAGGUGUUCUACAAAACUGGUAUACUUGGGUUGAGACACCAUGUUCAUGGACAGGUGUAACUUGUGGAAGCCCAAAUGCUUCAGACCCAAACCUACGAGUGACAACUUUGUCUCUUCCAAAUUCUCAGCUUCUUGGUUCUAUUCCUUCUAGUCUUGGUAUGAUUCAAUAUCUUACAAAUCUUGAUCUUUCUAAUAAUUCCAUUAAUGGGUCUAUUCCUCUCACUCUUUUUAGUGCACCUGAGCUUCAAAGACUUGAUUUUUCUAACAACAGAAUCUCUGGUGAGUUGCCUGAGCUUGUCGGAAAUUUAAAGAAUCUUCAGUUUCUUAACCUCUCUGGUAACGCUUUGGCGGGAAGCUUACCGGCAAAUCUUACUAGUCUGAAUAAUCUAACUGUUGUGUCUUUGAAAGAUAAUUACUUUUUUGGUGGAGUUCCUGUUGGGUUUGAUUCAGUUGAAGUUUUAGAUCUGUCUUCAAAUUUGAUUAAUGGAUCAUUGCCUCCCAAUUUUGGAGGCAGUAAUCUCCGUUACUUUAAUGUUUCUUUUAAUAGACUUUCUGGAGAUAUCCCACCAGAAUUUGCCAGCAAAAUCCCUCCAAAUGCAACGUUAGAUCUCUCGUACAACAAUUUCAGUGGUGCAAUUCCAGAGUCAAGUCUUUUCGUCAACCAAAGUAGAAAAGCUUUUUCUGGGAAUCCUGAAUUAUGUGGUGAGCCUUUGAAAAAUUUGUGUCCAAUUCCAUCUACAAUAACAACUCUACCAAAUUCACCUGAACCAACUUCUUCUCCAGCAAUUGCAGCUAUUCCCAAGACCAUAGACUCAAAAGCCGCAUCCCCAAAUGGCUCUUCAAAAAAAGGAAAAAAUGGGCUGAGAACUGGCACAAUUAUAGGCAUUAUAGCAGGGGAUAUUGCAGCAGUAGGAGUUUUAGCACUGAUUUUCAUGUACGUAUAUCGUGCCAAAAAGAGGAAAAAAAGCCUAGAAAGUAGCAUAAAACAAGAAGCCGAAACUGCAAAAGAUUUUGACUGGGCAUCGUCAGCAUCUUCAGAAGAAUACAACUGGUUAAGGUCAUGGACCUGUUUGAGAAAACAAAGACACGGAGAUGGCGACGAAUUAUCAGAAAAUUCCAAUUCAGAAAGCGAAGAAAGUGAAAAAUCCCAAUUGGCUCACCUAAAUCACGUGCAAACAGAACAGAAAACAGGGGAAUUAGUAACGGUUGAUGGAGAAAGGGAACUUGAAUUAGAGACAUUGCUUAAGGCAUCUGCUUAUAUUUUGGGAGCUAGUGGGUCGAGUAUAAUGUACAAGGCUGUGCUAGAAGAUGGGACAACACUGGCCGUUCGGCGAAUUGGUGAAAGUGGGGUGGAACGGUUUAAAGAUUUCGAGAAUCAGGUUAAGGUAAUUGCUAAAUUGGUGCACCCAAAUUUGGUUAAAAUUCGUGGAUUCUAUUGGGGUGCUGAAGAGAAAUUGGUCAUCUAUGAUUUCGCUCCUAAUGGCAGCCUUGCCAAUGCACGUUACAGAAAAGUUGGUUCUUCACCUUGUCACGUACCCUGGGAAAUCCGGCUAAAGAUUGCUAAGGGUGUUGCCCGUGGGCUCACUUACAUUCAUGAAAAGAAGCAUGUACACGGCAACUUAAAGCCCAGUAACAUUUUACUGGGGGCAGAUAUGGAGCCCAAGAUUGGUGAUUUUGGAAUUGAAAGGCUUGUAACAGGAGAUAGCAGUCAUAAAACCUAUGGAUCGGCUCGUAAUUUUGGUAGCAAGAGGUCCACAGCUUCUCGUGACAGCUUCCAGGACUUUGCAUCUGGGCCUACUCCAAGUCCAAGCCCAAGUGCAUUGGGCAUAUCUCCUUACCAUGCACCCGAGUCGCUUCGCAGUCUCAAGCCCAACCCGAAAUGGGAUGUGUUUUCGUUUGGGGUAGUGUUGCUAGAGUUGCUAACCGGAAAGGUGAUUGUUUCGGACGAAAUGGGACCCGCAGCUGCUAUCGGGGCUGCCACAUCAGCAGGGGAAGAGACGAGUAAAGUGUUGAGGUUGGCUGACGUGGCGAUCCGAGCUGACGUGGAAGGGAAAGAAGAUGCCUUGCUGGCACUGAUGAAAGUAGGAUAUAGUUGUAUAUCACCAACCCCUCACAAGAGACCAGGCAUGAGAGAGAUUGUUCAAGCACUUGAAAAGUUUCCAACUAAUUCUACCCAUUCAUCAUACUAUUAUGGGCCUUAGCAAUGAUAAAAGGUGGACAAAAUUGUAGAGACCAGAGACCUUGUAUGUAAUGAGACUGACAACUUUGUUCUUUUUCAAUUUAUUUGUGUUUGUCCUUCCAAUAUAGUAUUAGCCAUUGAUUUUUUAAUAGUGAUCAUCUUCAUAGGUUUUGUGUUGUAUUUCACUUAAGAUGGUGACUUUGGAUUAUCAAUAUCUGACAACUUCUUCAGUGUUUGCUAAUUAA